CAGUCGUUGCAUUGCCUCUUAACUAAGAACAUGUCUGGUAAAAUCGUAUAUUUUCUGUUUGCAGUUUUCGGUCUGACUUACACAGCAAAUCUCGGCAAAGAGAAAAGAUGCGAUGGUUUCCGGGCCAACUUUUCUAUGAACACGAUCAUGGGAACAUGGUACGUUGUAGCUAUCAUCCCGAAGAAUGUUCUCUCAGAAUAUGAGGAGGAAGUUGUUUGCUACAAAGUGGACUUCAGCGAAACCGAUGUUGCCGGACUCAAGUGGCUCGCUAAUAGGACAUUGAAUCACCCACAUAAAGAAGUUCUGGAUCGGAUUAACGGCACAAUUGUAAGGCAACGAUACCACAUCGACCCGCCUUACGACGUCUGGUCAAAGUCAGUCGAAGGAGUAAGCGGAUGUUUUCAAGAGGUUUUCUCACUAGACAUGAAUUCAACUAACAGGAGUAAGGAAUUUGAUGCGAUGAUGCAAAUCCACCUAUUCGAGAAGAGUAACGAACCGUUUUUGUUGCAAAUGCUUUGGGGGAAAGUGAUUUCAGUCGUGGUUUACAGCAGACGAGAGAAUGUCGACACUACCCAGUUGAAGGAUAUUUCUGACGUGGUCACCGAUCUACGAGGCCCGCAACAGAAGCCGAGGAUUUGCGGCAGAUCAGUUAAAGAUCUAAUGCAAUCCAAACCAUAAAUACUUAGACAUAACGUAGAUAAAUAUAGGUAUAUAAACUCUCAUACGUACGCGUGAAAGGGAUUGGCAAAGCCACAAGUAAUCAGAAGACAAAUUGCAGCCACUUUUGGUAUGUAAUCAUAGGUCGAAUAUGAUGAACCGUACCGGCCAUGCCGGGAAGACAGUCAGCUGACCGCGGCUUUUUGCUAAAUGUCCGACGUGCUUACGUCCUUUUUUCAGAAGGUCCUUAUCAGUGAUGUGCCGUCCCCGAGAAAAUUCCCACUUAAGGAACAUUCCCGGCAGU